CACCGGGUACAAAGAAAUUUUUGUAAUUAUAUUGUUGGUUGGUAAAGUUACUACGAACUUUACCAAUGGUAGGUAAGUUAUCAGCAUUAUUUUAGUUUACUGACAGAAAUCUUCGAGAUAGUGCCAACAACGUACGCCUAUCGGCGCCCCUAUCGCGACCCCUGUUACGGUCGUAAUCGAGUAUAACAACAGCAACGAUACAAAUAUGAAUUCUGCGAGCAAGGUGGGCGAGAUCUUCGCUGCAGCUGGAGUGGCCUUCAACAAGCUGGGCGAGCUAACGAUGCAGCUGCAUCCUACGUCAGAUUCCCUAGCAGGUAAAUGGGCUGACGAGGACAUUGAGAUGCUCCGUCAGUCGGUCAGAGUCUUCAGCGAAGAGUUGAGCAGAAUAAGCGAGCACAUCAAGAGUCGGACGGUCUCUCAGAUACGAACCACCCUGAAGAAGAAGGCGUUUGAGGAGGCGGGGAUGACGGUCAGGCAGCAACAAAUUCUACCUCAGCAGGCGCAGCAGACGACGCUGGUGCAGCAGCAGCAGCAGCAGCAACAGCAGCAGCAGGUCGCGAAGCAGCAAUCGACGUCGGCGAACCAGAGUCUGAUGGGAAAAUCGGCGGAGGUGACGCUGAACAUGCUGAACGCGCCCGAGACGGAGGUGGACGUUGAGGGACUGCCCGAGGAGUGUCAAGUGAAGCUCGAGUUUGAGGAAGGCGCGACCGAAGAAGUCACCGGUUAAGCUUACGAUUAGUUGAUUCGCUCAUAAGUUAAGUAAAGUAAAAUGAUCGAAAGAAAGCUGGUGAUACCAUCCACAUCUUUUCUUAUCAUGUAAUUAUUCAUUGAACAUUCGAAGUUUAACUAGUUUUAAGUCCCUCGGUCUCAUGUAAACUCAUAAGUUACCUUUUUACAAUAAAUGUAUAAAGAUCUGG